CAUUCCGUAAGCGACAAUCGAGCCUUCGACAGUAGCCUUGGCGAUCAUUUUAAGCGGCAUGCUCGCUCUACUGAUCAUUGUCUUCGUGUUUGGCAGUGUUAUUCAAGCCGAGGAAUACACGUCUCCUUGGCACUAUAAAUGCGAUGGCGGUCUCUGUAAAAAGGUAUUGAUCACGGAAAUGGAUACCAACCCGGUCGCUCUCAGCGUAUGCCAAUUGUCCUGCGGUCAAUCUGGUACCCUUUGGCCGAAACCGACGGGACACUUCUCCAUCGGCAACACCGUGGUACCAGUUAACCCUGAGAACAUUGUGCUAGCCGGGAUUUCCACAGAGACGGUAGUAGGAAAUCUUCUUCAGAAGGUCGUGGAUCGCUUGAAGAAGGACGUGAAGAGACUUGGCUCUGUGACUCCGAAUGCCGGUGGCACAAAACUGGUGAUUCGCUUCGACGAAAAAAUCAAUCUCGUCGAUGCCAAGCUGACCUUGAAUACCAACGAGAGCUACGUUCUCCAUGUUGCCAUAAUCAAUGGAGAGAUAGAAGUCUACAUCACGGCAACCACAUACUUCGGAGCUCGACAUGCCAUAGAGACCCUUAGUCAGCUGAUCGUUUUCGAUGACCUGCGAAAUCAGAUUCAAAUAGCUAGUGAAGUGUACAUUGUGGACAGUCCAAGGUAUCCCUAUCGCGGGAUCGUUCUGGACACAAGUCGAAACUACGUCGACAAAGAGACGAUCCUGCGAACGAUCGACGGCAUGGCUAUGUCCAAAUUGAAUACAUUUCACUGGCACAUCACCGACACUCAGAGCUUUCCCUAUGUUAGCAGAACGUGGCCCGAUUUUGCCAAAUAUGGUAGCUAUGAUCCAACCAAGAUCUACACUCCCGAAACUAUUAGAGAGAUUGUUGAUUAUGCUCUGGUCCGCGGUGUCAGGGUUUUACCAGAGUUUGACGCACCUGCGCACGUUGGCGAAGGUUGGCAAUGGGUUGGGGACAACGCGACAGUUUGUUUUAAAGCCGAGCCCUGGAAAAAUUAUUGCGUGGAACCGCCAUGCGGUCAAUUAAAUCCUACCAGUGAAAAGAUGUAUGAAGUUCUCGAAGGAAUCUACAAGGACAUGAUAGAAGAUUUCCAACAGCCGGACAUCUUUCACAUGGGCGGCGACGAAGUGAAUAUCAACUGUUGGAAUUCCACGAGUGUCAUCACCAACUGGAUGCUAAAUAAGGGAUGGGAUCUUAGUGAAAGUAGCUUUUACCUGUUGUGGAAUUACUUCCAGGAGCGAGCUCUGGAGAAACUGAAGAUUGCCAACGGCGGUAAGGAUAUUCCGGCUAUCCUAUGGACCAGCGGACUCACUAGCGAGAAGAAUCUUGAGCAUAUCGAUCCUAAAAAAUAUAUCAUCCAGAUUUGGACGACUCACAACGAUGCAACUAUUGGGAGACUGUUGCACAAUAACUUCACAGUUAUUUUCUCAAAUUACGAUGCUCUAUAUCUUGAUUGUGGAUUUGCUGCUUGGGUGGGUGAUGGUCUCAAUUGGUGCUCUCCAUAUAAGGGCUGGCAAAAGAUUUAUGACAAUUCUCCAUUACAGAUAAUUAAAAACCAAGGAUAUGGAAACAAGGCACAUCUUAUUUUAGGUGGAGAAGCUGCACUUUGGACUGAACAGGCGGAUAGCACAUCCAUCGAUUCGAGGUUGUGGCCGAGAUCAGCCGCAAUGGCCGAGAGAUUGUGGAGUGAGCCGGAUUCCAACUGGCUUCACGCCGAGCCGAGGAUGUUGAUGCAACGCGAGAGACUCGUCGAACGUGGGAUCAACGCGGACAGCUUGCAACCUGAAUGGUGCUUGCAAAAUCAAGGCUCGUGCUACGCAUAAAUUUUGAACGGAAGAUUUACAUUUCUAUGCAAUUUUGUUGUUUUUAUCUCAUGUUAAAAUAAAUCAU